CUUCGGUUGGUUUUAUGCGACGCUUUCUAUCAUGUUUGAAUCGCAUAUAAGUUUUUUCAUAAACUGUAUUACUUCCAACGCGUGAAAGUGUUAUUAUUUGAUCGAAAAGUAUUCAGUGUGAAUUUGUCGCACUUAUUGUGCAAUUAAUAUCCACACAAAAUACUGGGAAAUACGAACUGUCACUUUAGUUUCGUACGCGUUUACUACUUAUGGCGGUUGCGUUUAAAUUCAACGGUCGAAAAUAACUUCCACCUUUGGAAUAGGAGCAUUAUCAUUUUUCAAUAAUAUAUCAGUACCGAUAUUUAUUGAUAAAGUGUAUUGAAUUCACUCGACGUGCUUGUCGAAAUUAGAAAAAAUUUCUUGAAGCGUCGGUUGGGAUUAGGAUAAUACCGUUUACCAAUACAAUGGACCCUUUCACUCAGAGAAUGUUGGAGCGUGCUAGGGCAAGGAGAGAGAAAUUAGAUACUCAAUUGUCAAAUGCUGGCCAUGAUGUUAAAAAAAGACGCAGUCCUUUAAAGGAUGCAAAUGCACUUUUGGCUCAGGCUUCAGUUACUAAAUCUAAAAGUCCAAUGAAAUCUCCUGGUAAAAUAUCAAUAGAAAGCGUAUCUCCAGUAAAAUCACCUAGAAAAUCUGUGAUUAAGAACAAUCUUAAUGAAAGAAAUGAAGAUAAAAAUAAAGAGAAUGGAAAGAUUGGAGUCCACAGUGUAAGAUCAAAGUUACAAAGGCUUGGCAAACUGUAUUCUGAUGACAGUAGUAGAGAACUCAGUUCACCUAUUCAUAGAACAGAGGAAAAGUUCACUGCGGAAGAAGAAGAAGUUAUUGAACAGAAACCAGUAAAAAGAGGAGCUAGGCUUGAUAGAUUAGCAGCUCUUGCUUCAACUAUUAAUAAUUGGGAAGAUGAUCUUUCGCAUCCGACCUUGACUAAACCAGUGGAAACUAAAGCGGAUAAGAUACAAGCUAAAUUAAAUGAACAGGUGAAGAGUGCAUCGGAACCCCAGCCAAGUACAAGCGGUUACAGUCAAGGAAAUAGGAACAGCAGGGGAGUUGAUUCUAAAAAAGAAGAAGUAAGUUGUACGAAACAACUUAAAUGGGAUAAGUCUACAUUGAAAUCAUUAGAGUCUCAAGGCUUUAAUCGUACAAAAAGCAAUAGUCGCCUUGUAUAUGACUAUAAGGCUUGUUCUCAGGAAAAAAAUCCGGAUUUGUCGAGUUCAUCCCCGCAGCGUUAUCAGCGUAAUCAGGAAUCUCCGCGUCGCGAAGAAAGACACGAUAAAAGGGCAGAGGAUUCUCCAAAGAAUAACAGCAAAAAUUGUAACACCCCGGAGAAAACGCGAAAUGGAAUGCCUAGCACAAGCGGCUCCAGACUGGCGCCUAGAUUUGGAUAUAAUGGCUCUCCUAAGAGUCCAGGCCAGUCUAGUCCAGGUUCAGUGUUAAGCAAAGCUUCGUUGUUUGAAUCUAAAAAUACUGAAACAAAAGCGAAAGAUCCGACGCAAAUGACGCUUUCCGAGAGGAUGGCACUUUUUGAGAGAAAUAAAGGAGAACCACCGUUACUACCGAAAGCACCACUUACUAUGUCUAUACCUCCAAAAAAGUUACAAGAAAAAGACAAGAAUAGUUCAUCACCAGGAGUUGGAAACAAUGGAGAUUCUGUUGUAGGAAAGGGACAAUCUAAAGCUGAUAUUCCUAGCAGUGCUGUGUAUGCUCGUCGAGAAAAAUUUGAACAAGGUUUAAACACCCAAGAACUGGAGAAUAAUAUUUUACGCAACACUUAUUUGGAAAGGCAACGAGAAUUGGAUAUGUUGCGUUCACGUUUCAAUAGAAAUAAGGAGAUGGCAAAAGCAGCCGCCGGUUCCUGUAUUAGGACAAGUGAAAGUAGCGAGGGAAAAUCAAAUUCGCCUAAAAAUUCUCCAGUUUGUCCAGUAAAGCCAACACCAGCGCCUGAUCAUGGUGCCCCACCUCCUCCACCACCGCUUCCACAGACGCGUGAAUCUGAAGCAAUACAAACUCCAAAUCAGAACAAAAAUUCACCAAUGAAAAGACAAGUUGUAGGCAGCCCUCCAAAAACACAGCAAGUGAAAGUAAUCUCUGACAUUAAACGCAUCCGCGUUGCUCCGCCUAAACCUGGACAUCUCUAUCCUAAUCUUUCUGAAAUUGAUAAUACAACGGAAACGGAAACUGAUACUGAAUAUACCGUCAAUAGUACAGAAGCAGAAACUGCUACUUUAGAUGAGAAAACUGACACUGAAACAGGGACAGAAGCCGAAUACUAUAUACGAGACAAUGAAACUGAAGUUGAUAGCGACGAAGAGAGCGGAGACUUGAAUACCAGCCUUGGUAGAAGUAUUUUACGAGUAGUAAAUGAACAUUCUUUUCUAAAUAAGAAGAGAUCAAUUGAACCAGAUCCGGACAGUACCACAUCCGAUAUUUCAGUACUGGAUGAAAUGGAUGAAUAUUUAGACGAAUGUCUUGCACUUCAAGAAGCAAAUAACAUGAAUAUGCAUACAGAAGAGGGACCGACGCCACCGAAGUUAAACAAAGGUGGUAAAAGUCCGUCCACUGCAUCGACAAGCUUUAAAUAUAACGAAGGGGCAUCGUAUCGUUCACCUAUAAAGAAAGUUUCUCCAGGAACUCCGAAAAAUGGUGAACCUUAUAUCGUAGAUGGCGAUAAUUGUGUACCAUUAUUGCACACCGUCAGUUUUUACAGACGACAACAGUCUCAAACGCCUAAAACACCAGUACGUAUAAUAUCGAGAACGCAAGAGGUUGAUACCCCUCCUAAUGUAACACAGCUUGAUGUUAAAAACGAAGCUAUUUUGGUACAAGAGAAAGUAAAAAGAUUACUAGAUGAAGUAUGCAAGCAGCAAACAAUUAUCGGUCAAGCUAGCCAAGCAUUAAACUUAUGCACAUCUACUGUCGAGUUCAAUGAUUCAAGGGAGCAAGUUGAAGGGGAAAGACUGUUACUCGUUGCUACUCAUAGACGGCAAGCUGCAUUAAACGAAGUACAGCGAUUGAAAGUAGAAGGUACAUUGAGACCUGUUACACCUGGGUCACCGGAAGUACAAGAAAGUGGUUCUUUGACAGUUUCUGCUAUCACUUUACCUCUUAAGCGAGAUCAUUACCGUAAUAUGGGCAGAGAUACGUGUCUUCAUUUUGUUUGUUUAAUGAGACAUUUGGAAAACGUGGUUGCCACUCCGGUAGUUGUAGCAGAACCAGGCGAUUCGUGUCUUCGAUUUCCAUCAACAUUAAAACUGAACGAUUUGUACAAUGAUUUUAAAAUUACCAUUGAAGUAUACUCGCUUCAAACACAAGCGGAAAUUUUGCCACACGAAAUUAAAUAUCAUAUUAACAAUGGCAGUGGAUGCAGUAGUAAUAACAAUCAUUGCAAUAAAAAGCUAGUGAAUAAAACUCCAAAGAAAUUCUUAAAACAAGAUAGCCGUUUAGUGAUGCCAACUGUUCAAAGUCCAGCAGGACCAUCUGCUGUCAGAUCUCCCGCUUUUCAAUUAUCUGGUUACGUUAUUUUUAGCCUGAGAGAAAUACAUCGUCAGCAAUUUACAUUAAACAAGGUACCAUCGCAAUCUCCUUUAGAAGGACGAUUACAAAUGCAUGUUUCCUGUGAACUUUCAGUAACAGUUGAGCACAGAGGAUUUCUUACAAUGUUCGAGGAUGUCUCUGGUUUUGGUGCUUGGCACCGUAGAUGGUGUUUGUUGAAAGGUUCCACGUUAUCAUAUUGGAAGUAUCCUGAUGAUGAACAAAAGAAGACUCCUAUUGGAAGCUUAGAUUUACAGAGUGUUUCCACAACUAAUGUAGGAUUAGUUUCUCGAGAUAUUUGCGCUCGUCCUCAUACCUUUUUAUUGGAAGCAACAAGAGCAGCGGAACCUGAGGACACUGAUAGUCUAAUCAUGAUUAGGAAUGGGCCUACAACAACAAUUAGGCAUCUUUUAUCAGCCGAUACAAAGGAGGAUAGAUUAGAAUGGUGUUCAAAACUUAAUAAAACGUUAAAUUUAAUACAUGCCUGGGGCGGAACUACGGUAUUGUCGUAACUUAGUUUUUAUUAAAAAUUAAUGACAAAAUAUAGCGUAUAAAAAGUACGCUUAUAUAUUAAUUUUAUACACAACGCGUACUUGUGUAUACUGAAUAAUGCAAUUCAAAUUUUUAUCGAAUAUUGUAUAUCCAAUAUGAAUAAUGUAUAUUCAAAAAAACACAAGGAAUAUAAAGUAACAAAUUAUUUUAUAUUUUAGAUAUCAUACUAUAUUAAUCGCAUCAAGAUUAACUGAAUAAUGAAAAUUCUUUAAUAGUAGUCAUUAUACUAUAUUUUUUAUAAGAUUGCCUUCUUUUGCGUUAAAUCGAAUGAAAAUUGUUUAUUUUUUAUAAUAGAUUUACAGAAAAUUGGAUUUAUACUAUAGCAAAAUUAUUUUAAUGAAAUUGAUUGAAUUGUUUCUAAUAUUUAGAUACAAAGUAACUUUAUAAUGAAUUUGAUGACAUUCUUUAAAUAUGAAAUAUUAAUCGCAAAUCAUAUUAUUUAAUAUAAAUUGAAAAUUCAAUGCAUUAGAGCUAUGUCUAAUUUUAAUUAUGCGUCCUAUCAUUAGUAUUAUUAGAAUACAUAAUACAAUAUAUUGUAAAUAGUAAAAUAAUUAUAAUUUAAUGAAGUAGGAUUACUGUAAGGAAAACGGCGAUGCUAACACGUAUACACGAUGUCACUGAGAUACACAAGAACGACGUCCUAACAUAUGUAUCGUAUGGUAUUUAUACAUGUAAUACUUCAAAAUUUAUUUGAAUAAUAAAGAUAGUUAAGAGAAACAAAUAAUGACUUGUUAUUUAAAUUGAGCACAACUGUAAUGUAAGAAAAUUAUGCAAACGUCAAAGGUAAAAGCGCGAAUUUUUUAAAUUUACAAAAGGAAAGGGGUAAAAUAUCGAUCAUAGCGCCAUCUAUACAAAAACGGCGGAAACUACUCAACAAUUUACCGACUGUGAAUCCCGGAAACUAUUUACCGAUUAGUUUCAGUGAUUACCUUAUAGGUGGCGCUGGUGUGCCUUGUUAAAGAAAUCUAGUCGGUAAGUCGUUGAGUAGUUUCAGCCGUCUUUAUAUAGAUGGCGCUAUUCCCGACAGUGAGAAUACAACCUCCUCGUUUGAUGGCUGAAGACAUACUGACGCGCUUUGGCGCGAAGCGGUCGAUUUAUAAAGUCGAAUUCACCCGCCAGUCUUGGCUGAACUGCCUACUACCGGCACUUAUUUUUAAUUUAAAUAAUAAAUAUAUGUAUAUAUAAAUUAUUUAUUAAUUUAUAUUUAUAUUAUUAAUUAUAUUUAAUUC